ACAAUCGGUCACCUGCAUGUACGGCUCACUAUUUUUCCUCGUAAGAUGUGUCAAGAUUCAUCGUACAACAUAGAUAUCAACAAUAAAUGUGAAAAAUUGUGCAAAAAUAUUGGUUAUACGUGUAAAGACACUCAAGAAGAGAUUAAAGUGAGGUUCAAAAGGUUAUCAUCAGGGCCGGUUGAUUCAUCUCGCAGUACCUUCAUCUGAUAGAAUUUCCAAUGUAAUUUGAAAUGAAACGAGUUCGAGGGGUGGACGAGGUAACAACGCCAAUAGGAGUAACACAGAAGUAUUCGGGAAGUGUCAGUGGAGGUGGAGUAAACAGUGGUAAUAAUUUGGAGUAUCAUACUAGUGGAAUUGUGAGUGGAGUUACGUCUGGUCAAUCAGUGAGGCCAUUAACGUCCAAAGAAAUGCCUGGCAGUAUACAGUUUGGGACUACCCAAACCCAGCAGCAAUAUGCUGGCAUUGUGGUGCCAGCGGCUGCCCCAUCGCCUGUCAAGGUGCAUUCAAAUGCAACAGCCCCAUUACCCCCAACGCCCCCAGCGAAUCUGAGUACCACUAGUGGUUCUCAGCAACAAUUUCAAAGGCUAAAAGUUGAGGAUGCCUUGUCGUACCUUGACCAAGUUAAAUUCAAGUUCAACGAUCAGCCCCAAGUGUACAAUGACUUUCUCGACAUUAUGAAAGAAUUCAAAUCCCAGAGUAUAGAUACACCAGGUGUGAUAACACGUGUUAGUAAUUUGUUCAAGGGGCAUCCUGAAUUGAUCGUUGGUUUUAAUACAUUUUUACCACCCGGUUAUAAGAUUGAAGUCCAGGUUAAUCCACUUCAAUCUCAUAAAUGCAGGCCACCCGGUUAUAAAAUUGAAGUGCAAGCCAAUGAGCAGGGUUAUGCAUUUCAAGUGUCAGUGAGUAUGCCAAGUCCAACGGCAACCCAUACAGCAACAAUAGCCCAGCAUCAUUGUCCAGUCAAUGUUGGCUCACCACCAGUCGCAUCACCACCAAGUCAACCGGCUAAAGCGCCAUCGCCCCCGCCAAUUCAAUCUUACAAUAAUUCACAUAUUAGUGCAGCGCAAGCGCAAGCUGUCAGCCAGGCACUCAGCCAAGCACAGGACGGUGUACAAAACAGUGGACAGACACAACAGAGUCAACCCGUUGAAUUCAAUCAUGCCAUCAAUUACGUCAAUAAAAUUAAGAAUCGGUUUCAAGGACAACCAGACAAGUACAAACGUUUCUUGGAGAUUCUCCAUACAUAUCAGAAGGAGCAAAGAAACUUGAAAGAAGCGGGUCACAUGGGUGCUGGUAGUGGGAGUAUUCCAUCUGGUGGAAAACAUCUGACUGAGGCGGAAGUUUACAGUCAGGUGGCUAAGUUGUUUGAGAAUCAGGAGGAUUUACUCGCUGAGUUUGGACAAUUUUUGCCCGAUGCUACGAGUCAACAGAGCGCGCUGUCUGCAAUGUUUCAGGGUAACAAAACGACGGUGAACGAUCACACAGCAAUCGUGAAAAAACCCUUGAUAAAAGCUUCUUACAACAACACAAAUGUACUUUCCCGUGAUCACCGAGAGCCUGGUAAUCCAGGAGGUCUCGAUCGAGACCGAGACCACCGAGAUCGAGACAGAGAUCGCGAACGUCCAGGUCCCCGAGACCUGAAUAACACUCAGAAAUUCGGUCACAAUGCGGGUCAGCUGAAGCGCAGUCCCCCCUUCCCAACAUCAGUAUCAACCGGAAACUCCCACCACCCACCUCACGGUCCCCCACCCCCUAAGAAGCAUAAAGUAUCAGCUUCAGUGAGAGAUGUGACGAUUGCAGAGGCCGGGAAAUACGGCAGUUUAAAUGACUACGCCUUCUUCGACAAAGUACGAAAGGCCUUGAGAUCCCAAGAGGUCUACGAAAACUUCCUGAGAUGUUUAGUUUUAUUCAACCAAGAGAUUGUCUCGAAAACCGAGCUAAUCCAGCUGAUUACCCCCUUUCUGGGUCGUUUUCCCGAGCUACUGAGAUGGUUCAAGGAGUUUUUGGGACAUCUGCAAGAUGCCACAGGCAUCACGCCAACGAAUUCCAACAGCAAUCUCGUGGAAUCAUUGCCAAACAACGUGGUAAGGAGCCAUCAGGAUCGACCCCAGGGUGACUUAGCCAUGGAAAUAGACUAUACAACCUGCAAAAGACUAGGUGCUUCCUAUUGUGCUUUACCAAAGUCCUACGUGCAGCCUAAAUGUUCUGGGAGGACUCAAUUAUGUCGAGAGGUGCUCAAUGACACGUGGGUGUCAUUCCCCACGUGGUCAGAGGACAGUACCUUCGUAACGUCUCGAAAGACUCAGUUCGAGGAGUUUAUUUAUCGAUGUGAGGACGAGAGAUUUGAGUUGGAUGGAGUGAUCGAGACGAAUGCAGCAACGAUAAGAGUUUUGGAGGGCGUUCAUAAGAAAAUGGGAAGGAUGACGCAAGAGGAGCUGCAGAGGUUUAAACUAGAUGAUUGUUUAGGUGGGUGUUCUCCGACGAUUCAUCAGAGAGCGCUGAAGAGAAUAUAUGGGGACAAGGCUGCUGAUAUUAUCGAUGGAUUGAAGAAGAAUCCCACUGUUGCUGUUCCAGUGGUACUCAGGAGACUGAAGAGCAAGGAGGAGGAGUGGCGAGAGGCGCAGAAGGGAUUCAAUAAGAUCUGGAGAGAGCAGAAUGAAAAGUACUAUCUCAAAUCGUUGGAUCAUCAAGGGAUUAAUUUCAAGCAGAAUGAUGUCAAGGCUUUGAGAUCAAAGAGUUUGUUCAAUGAAAUUGAGACUCUUUGUGAUGAGAGAAAUGAACAGAAUGACAGUGGUGAUGGACAGGGCAGUGGUCCUCACAUGGUGCUUCCUUAUAAGGAUAAAUCAGUGCUUGAUGAUGCUGCCAAUUUGUUGAUACAUCAUGUUAAACGACAGACUGCGAUACAUAAAGAGGAUAAACAACGAAUUAAGUUAUUGUUAAGGCACUUUAUACCUGAUUUGUUCUUUCAUCCGAGACAGGAGUUGAGUGAUGAUGAGAGGGAUGAGGAUGAUGAUAAGGAGGAGGGAAUGCCUAGUGGAUCACAGUCGUUAACCACUAAUGCAUCACCACUUGGGUUACAGGGGUCUAGGAAUAAUAAAGCAUCACCCUCACCUCCUAAUGCUAAUAUUAAAAGCGAGGGGGAUAUCAAAGUACCUGUUCAUGCAUUGUCGACUGAUCCUGAUGAGGCGUAUACCUUGUUCAUGGGAUCUAAUAGCUGGUAUUUGUUCCUGAGGUUACAUCACAUACUGUGUGAAAGACUUACCAAAAUGUAUGAUAGAGCGGUAGCGUUAGCUGAAGAGGAGGCCAUGUAUAAACAGCAGAGGAAGGAAGUCGCUGCCGUUGCACUCAGGUUGAAACCAAAAAAUGAAAUAGAAAUAGAAGAAUAUUAUCCAACAUUUCUCGACAUGGUGAAGAACGUUCUCGAUGGGAAUAUGGAGAGUACAGCAUACGAGGACACCCUCAGAGAGAUGUUCGGUAUCCAUGCAUACAUGGCAUUCACCCUGGAUAAAGUAGUAUCGUACGCAGUUAGACAGCUGCAGCACCUAGUGACGGAUGCCCCGUGUCAAAAUUGCAUUGACAUGUUCCAUCGUGAACAGAGGCAACCGAAGGAGAACAGUGGUGCUGGAGGACUGUGUGCAACCGCUUAUUUAAGGGUCGGAGCCGAAGUUGCGUAUCAAAGGAGAGCUGAGGCUGCUAUGGCCAGCGAAAAUUCUUAUAAAAUAUAUAUUUACAAGAAAGAGUGUAAAAUGACGAUAGAAUUACUGGACAAUGAGAGUGAGGACACACCAGAGGGUUGCAAUGAUCGUGAAAGAGAGGAUGUUAAUACCUCUGAAAAAUGGUCAUCGUACGUUGAGAGAUACUCAACCCCGAUAAUCCAUGCCAGUCCAAAGGAUACACCAACGUCACCAAACAAUGAGACCAGCAAUACAACAAGCACCAAUCAUCCUGUGAGUAGCGACCAGGCAGCAAGGGGGGGAAGGGGCAGAAAGCGCAAGAACACUGACAUUAACAAGAAGAUCGAUGGAAAUGGGUGGAGCUCCUUAGGCAGGAUCUUAGCAGGUCGCAAGCCUGUCUUUCUCUACAGAAAUGUCCGGCAAUGGAGGAAGCAAGCUGCCAAAAAGAUGCGACCAACAGUUUUGACUAAUCCGGAUAAAAACAAUGAUUCUGCAGAGGGAGAAAAAGCGGAGGACGCGGAUGGUGUCAGCGAUUUGCUGAAGAGUCCUGCGAUGUUGAGGAUGACGGGAACGAGUGAUGGUGCCGAUGUAAUCACAUCAGACGACACCCAGUGCACUUUCAAUCCUAAUAGUUAUCACAUGCUCUACGUAGCGAGUAAAGAAGCCUUCCUGUACAAGCCCAACUCUUUUGCACGAGCUAAAGAGUGUCACCCGACAGUCACGAAAAAUCUCAACACGAAAUUCCACAGUUGGUUGUCGAAUUGGGCAUCGAAAAAUGUAGCAGACUCGCAACAUCGUCUCUGCCAAGACUGGUUAAUGGGUCGUUACGAGAAUUUGAUCCCUCACAGGACACGAGUGAUUACCGAUAACGACCAAAGUCGUUCACCCUAUCGAUCCUACAAUCGUUAUCGUGUUGAGCGUAUUAAAUCCGAGGCAGACUCUGAGACGACGUAGUUGCACGAGUUUUCUGGUGUUAUUAGUGGCGAUUGAAGCAAUAACGCAGACCAAACAAACAUUGUGCACAGUUUUGGGGACCAGGUGGAAAUGACUCCUUGUGGACUGAUAGAGGAUAUCGCGCGUGUGUGUUAAAUUCCCUAGUUGGCAGAUCGAUUCGUCAUCUCCCAUCAGUGAAGAUCUUAUUUUAAAAAUAUUCAGGAAUCAUGGAAUUAAUCCCACCUCGUGAAUAACAAUCUCAUCAUGAAAGAUAAAACAUUUCAAAUGUAAAAAUAUCUUUUAUUUCCGAAAUUGUUUAAACAAUCCAGUGGUGAAGUGGCAGAACGUGAUUAUCACCAUUCGAUUUACGUUCAGAGAAAAAAUUAUUUUUGGAAACAUAAAGUCAACAUUUCUUUUUGUACUUCGAGAAUUUUUUUGUCUAAACUGUUCAAUUCACAAGUUCUACAAUCUACAAAAUCAUGUUCGCCAUUUGGAAUCAAUAGACAAAAUUUCCGCGAAAUUAACGAAUUCAGAGAAAAACAUUCGAGAAUGUUUUACCACUCCACUGCAGCAUCUGCUCAUCCAAAUGUUUUUUUUUUUUUUAGCAAUUGUUCAUAGACAUUUUCUAGAUUCAUUGACGUGCAUUCCACUGCAAUUUCUUUUAGAAAUAUUGAGAUUUUUCUGAUGAUUAUUUCCCAGCAUUUCUUCGAUAUUUUUGUAUUCAAAGGCGAUUUGUACCCCAGUUUUCUUUCGUAUUGCUUUUUUUAACGAAUGGUAAUUUCGGAUUGCCUUUAAAUGGAGUUUCGCAAUUUUUGUCAUGAACGCUUGUUAAAAGGAGGGGAAAGGGAAGGGGAAAGAGGAAUCUAGGUGGUGCCUCCACAAUUGAAAAAAAAAGCAAAUAGAUGAAAUAUGAAAAGAACUCAAUUAUAAAGGAAAAACCUGAAAACAACUUGGUUGUAAUUUUUUUAUAAUUUAUUUAAUUGAACUGAAAUGCUUUGUCAUAUGUCUUUCGAUGCUGGUGAUAUUGGAUAUAAUUGAACGUGUUGAGCGUGUUUGAAAAUAUCUGGGAGGGAAUGAAUUAAUAAUUAACGGGACUUACUUGUGACGCACUGAAAUUUAUCAAGAAUAACCCGAAAGCUCCACAUAACAGGCAUGAGUGUCUGAAUAAUAUAUUUCCAGGCGUUUGCAAUAUGAGAUAAUACAUAUUCCGAAGUGAUUUCCAAGUUUUCGAGUUUCAGAAGUACCAGAGGGUGAAUCGUGAUAAGGUUUACAGAUAAAUCAUUUUGAUGGAAAGAUGUUCACUGAAAUUUUCUUAAACUCGAAUUUGCUGAAAUACGUGACAAUCAUUUACAUGAGACACUCGGAUAGUACAAACAAUGGCCUCACUGAAUCAAUCUAUAUCUCCACGAAUAAAAGAUAUUUCCUAGAAUGUACAAAGAAUUUUAUUGUAUAUUCUGUGCUCUUUUCACACUCAAUUUUCAUUUUUAUUUUCUAAUGAGAGCAGCUUUUAGUGUGCAGAAAUACUGUACAGUAAUUUUCUUUUGGGAUAAUUAUUUAUCAAUCCUCCUCUCCGUUGUAAUAUAUUUGUACAGAACUAACGCUAGGUGCUGUAAAGAUUAACUUGUAAGAAAUUCAAAUGACUUUUUUUUUAAUGAAGAAGGUUAAGACUUGUUUUGGUGUUUAGUCAAUGUUUUACUUAUAUUUUACUCAUAAUUAGCAGCCCUAUAAUGUAAAGCAGUAAUUAAGUAGAUGAGUAUAAUUGGAUGGGUUGCGAUUUCAUGCAAUUUAUUUUGUGAAUAUUAAAUAGCCCUGGAAGAUAAAACAUCAUUUGCUUCUGGAGUCAGUCGUUCUCGACGUAUUCCGAUAAUUCUGUUGUCUUUAUUUUCUAUUCAUCCGACUUUAUCGAUCUGUCGAAAUUAAUUCGAUGAGCAAUCAAAGUAUAAUUCGAUCUGAAUGGAGAUGAUGAGAUUCCUGAGGAGUGCACAAGCCUGAGUAAUUUUGGGGUAGAAAUGAUCUAAUUACACACACACGCGCGUAACUCAAACUGAAGAGGAACGGCGGUAAUCAAUCAGUUUGAUAAUCGAUUAAGGCCUAAUUGUAUCAUUUUUCCAAUGCCUCACUUCUGCUUUUCUAAUAUUUUAAACUUAAGGUAUUUCGAAGUUAUCAUUUGUCAACAAAUCUUACGAGAGUCCACGUAAAUGAUGAGUGCAUAAUAAAAAUAUUGAAAAAAAAUGAACAUUUUGAAAGACUGUUUUUUAUUAAUGUUAAGAAAUAAGUGCAAUAAGGACACAAUUUGAAUUCCUCAUUUGAAAUUAAGUAGAUCGAAGUCAUAUCGUUAUUUCUCACUAUAAAUUAUCUAUUAGUAAUAUUUUUCCUAGUGAAUUUAUGGCUUAAUAUUAAUUAACAAAGCUCUUUUAAAGUGUUCCAAAAUUUUCUGCUUGUUUUUAUCGCGCAACCAUUUUUUGCGAAUAUUUCUACGGAAACAACAGUUUGGUAAAGAAUAUAAUUGGGCUUUAAUCAUCAAUUCCACAAUAUUGUACAAAUAUUAUAAUAGGUAUUAGAUUCCAAGAGUGUGCGUAAUACUGAAUUAAAGUAAUAAUUUUCACCUUCCGGAAAUCAUCGAUAAAAAUUCAAAGCUGAUGAAUGAAAAAUGGUUUACAAUCAGACUGAUGAAUUGUGUACAGGAUGAUCUCCGCUGAAGGUACGAUUUGUCUGCGAUAAGAUGUCAUAAUUAUUUUUCAUCAAUUUUUCAAAGUAAAUUGUUCGUAAUUGUUUAUUAAUGAACCUCAGAGCCCGAUGAAUGAAUAGAACUUAUUCUCAGGGCUCUGAGGACUCCGUAAAAUCUCCAAAUUAAUAAGUCAAGCUCAUCACAUUUUCACGUAGAACCGAAAAAAUCAUUACAAUGUUCAGAUGAUUAGUGCACAAAAAUAUCAACUUCUAAUUCAGAAUAGUUAAUUAUUUUUACACGAUAGAUGAUUAGGGAUAAAUGUAAUUACGAGUGGAAAGAUCUCUCCUUUGUACAGCCUGAGAAUUUUCUCCCAAACCGAAUUGGCAGAAAUUUAUGAUUUCCAAAAAAAAGAAAUAAUCGUAAACUGAGAAAAAAUGAGUCUCGAUAAUUAUUCAUUUGGUGUAACGGUCUUCCGAAAGCCUGAGUAACUUAGAUUUUAUUAUCAUAGAAGAUAUUAUUAUAGAAGAUGGAAGAAAACCCCUAAAUUGUUAAUUUCAAUUAUCGAAAUAAAUAAAUUAUCAAUUACAUUCGAAA